AUGAGCUGGUCCCAGGCCCCGGGCCCCAACGAGGACUCUCUUGAGACCCUCCUCGAAGACCUCAUCAGUUUCUACCUGGAGGGGGCAGGAGAGGGCCGGCUCGGGGUCUGCAGGCAAGCCACUCUCACCAGCAGGGCCCAGCAGCUCCUGGACACAGGGCCCCCUCUUCAGCUCUACCUGCCUGAGGAGGUGGCCCCUGACUCAGGGGCUUCCUGCUCUGCCCACCAUAUCAACCACAAACUGGUGCGGGCACUGGAGUUCCUGGAAUUGGUCUCUAUCCACCUGCUCCUAUUUCCCUGGAGGAAGGAAAUCAGGUCCCUGAAGACGUACACGGGGAGCUUUGCCUACUGGGUGCGGCCUGUGCUUUCAGAACACACGCUGCACACCCUCCUGGGCCGGCUGGGCUACAUGGCCACCUCCGAGGUCGAGUUUUCCCUGGUCCAGGCUAUCAGCAAGGAGGACACCAAACAGAUGGUGUUUGAGAUCUUCCUGACAAGAGUCGCGUGUGAGGCCGUUCUCAGGACCCCGGGCAGGCAGCUCCUCGGGCAGGGCAGAGAGAGGGUGACUGUGCCCCACCAUAGGCCUGGCUCAGAGACAGCGCUGCAGGAGACCCCGUGGGAGGCCCAGCUUGGCCCAGAUCCCUCAGCAGGGGUGGGAACUGAGAGCGCCCUGGCCGAAUGCCCUGAUACUCAGUGCUGCCUGCCUGUGGCCUUGAACCUGCCUGAGGUCUCGACAGCCCCCCACGGACUCCUGACUGGCCCCCUUGUCCCCUCGGGCCCCCUGCGCUGUGCCAGCACAUGCUCCGACAGUGAGGAGUUCCUGACCUGCUACAGCGACCUCGCACUGCACCAGACACCCUUGCUGCCCUGGGACCAGCCCUGGAGCAGCCUGGAAGGGAAGCAACUCCAGGGCCCAGGCCCCGGGCCUGGCCCAGCUCCGGGGGAGGUGGCCGCUGCUUCAGGUAGCAGUGGUGAGCAGCCCUGGGUCCCCGACAGGGCUUCUGAGUGUAUAGGGGCCACCAUCCCCAGCCAGCUCUGCCAGAGGCCCAGGUCCUGUCUGUCAGAGAAUUCCUUGGCCCCAAAGCCAGGUGCUCUACCAGAUCGAGCUGCUCUUGGCAUGGACACUGAGCCUCCAAGUGCUUCCGUGGAGAUGGACAAGCUCUGUGAGCACUUCACCCAGCUCCUCAGAACCUCAACUCCAGUGGGCUAUCUGGGGGACGCCCCUGGCCCCAGGGUUGAGGAGGAGGGACAGUCGGAGCCUCUCAUGGGGCAAGAGCCAGCCAGCGAAGGCGGCAGCCUGGACGGUAGAGUUGCUCUGCUCUGGAGGUCUCCGCAGGCCCCCACUUCAUAUACAAGAGCCCCCAGUGCUCACUACACCCCCCUUAAAGGGCUGGAGGAGCCAGUUCCCACAUGGGGAUCCUACACGAGCCACAGCUGA